GGAUAUGCCCCAUUUCCCCCUUCCCCCCCUCUUGUGACAAGAGUCUUGUCUCCCCUUACCCUGUGUCGGGCCCAAAAGAAAAAUAAAAGGAACAAAAUAAAAAAUAUUUUACUUUUCUAAUAUUUUUCUAGAUUGCCAACUCGGAUUGGUGAUCCAAAAUGGAUAUGUGAGGUGGACAAUCCCCAAUGAUCCAUGAUCCCAAACACGACUUAAGUUAGACACAAGCUUGCAUUCUCAUAAAGAAACAAGCACAUUCUUGAUCAUGGAUAUGUGCAUUUGUAAGGGACGCUUGAUUGAUUCAUAUGAUAUGGCCGGUUAUACUGAAUGUUAUAAAGAUUUUUUUGUGGGUGCUGUACAUGUUAACGAUGUGGAAUUAGGGCAUAUCUUGUUAUAUGAGAAUCCAUCAGCUUCAGGAAGGCACUUUGAGUCCAUUUGUCACUGGAGUGACUUUGCUGAUGCAGUUGCUAAACUCUACCCGGUAUACAAAGUGCCUAGGUUCACGGAAGAAACUCAACCGGGGUUGUUGAGGGCGCAAAAACCAUCAAAAAAGCUGAUUGACAUGGGCCUUAACUUCAUCCCAAUGGAGGAGAUAAUUAAGGAUGCAGUGUCCAGUUUAAAAGAGAAAGGAUACCUGUCUUGAAGAGGUUCUUGAGGUAAAAUGCUGUAUUACAUAUGGGCCUUAAUAUCAUUAGAGCUUGUUUAAUUAGAAGUUGAACCUGUUCAAUGAAGUAACAAUUCGGGAUAGAAAUAUACUACC